AUUCAGUUAAGUAGCUAACUACAUUAAAUGCUUAGUUAGAUUACAUCUCCUCACUUCUCUAAUUUCCUAUAAAGUGUGGUAGUGAGUUACAUGUCUCAAUACCCCAACCAAACUUUCCUUUUUUACCAUACAUAAAGGGGAAUUAAUUAAAAAAAAAAUACAAAUAAGGAAAUAAAAAACCAUUUCUUUGUUCUUCAUUCAACCAUCAAUGACAGAUCAAAAUAAUUCAAACCCAAAACCAAAAAUACCAUUAAAAUUAAAAUAUGUUAAAUUAGGGUACCAUUAUUUGAUCUCCAAUGCAAUUUAUUUAAUCUUGAUCCCAUUAUCAAUUAUGAUUUCUUCAGCUCCUCUUCAAACCCUAAUUACCAACAAAAAUUUAGAAAUUGUUUGGAAUAUUAUGAAACUAAAUUAUAUGGCAGUAGUUUCAUGUCUUGCUUUAUUAAUUAUUCUUGGAACGGUUUAUUUUAUGAACCGUCCUAAACCGGUUUAUUUAGUUGAUUUUGCGUGUUGUAAACCGGAUUCAGCUCGGAAAGUUACUAAAAUGACAUGCAUGGAGAGAAUUGUUUUGUAUGGCACGUUCACUCAACAAAAUAUUGAGUUCCAAAGGAAGAUUUUUGAGAGAUCGGGAGUUGGAGAUGCCACGUAUUUGCCUGAAUCCGUUAUUCAGGUACCUCCAAAUCCGACAAUAAGUGAAGCACGAAAAGAGGCUGAAAAUGUAAUGUAUGCUUCAAUAGAUGAAGUGUUGGGUAAAACGGGUGUUUCAACAAAGGAAAUUGGGGUGUUAAUUGUGAAUUGUAGUUUAUUUAAUCCUUUGCCUUCUCUUUCGGCUAUGAUUGUAAAUCGUUACAAGUUGAGAGGGAAUAUUAUUACCUACAAUCUUGGUGGGAUGGGAUGCAGUGCUGGUCUUAUUUCCAUGGAUCUUGCUAGGGACCUUUUGCAGGUACAUCCGAAUUCGUAUGCGUUGGUUGUCAGCAUGGAGAGCAUUACACAAAACUGGUAUUGUGGCAAUAACCGCUCAAUGUUGAUCCCAAAUUGCCUAUUCCGAAUGGGUGGUGCGGCAAUUUUACUAUCUAACAAGUGCAGAGACCGAAAUCGCUCAAAAUACUGUCUCAUGCAUGUCGUCCGCACACACAAAGGUGCGGACGACAAAAGCUAUAGAUGCGCAUACCAACAAGAGGAUGAAGAUGGUUAUCGGGGUGUCACCCUUUCAAAGGACUUAAUGGCUGUCGCAGGCGAGGCUUUAAAAACCAACAUCACUACUCUCGGACCAUUAGUUCUUCCCAUUUCAGAACAACUCCUUUUUCUCGCCACAUUAGUAGCAAAAAAGAUUUUUCGGUUCCAUAAGAUUAAACCAUACAUACCUGAUUUUAAACUUGCCUUCGAGCAUUUUUGCAUUCAUGCAGGUGGAAGAGCAGUUUUGGAAGAACUCGAGAAAAAUCUAGAACUUCCUCCUUUACUUAUGGAACCUUCAAGAAUGACUCUCUAUAGAUUUGGUAAUACAUCGAGUAGUUCAUUAUGGUAUGAACUUGCGUAUCUUGAAGCCAAAGGAAGAAUAAAAAAAGGUGAUAGAAUUUGGCAAAUUGGGUUCGGAUCAGGAUUUAAGUGUAACAGUGCUGUUUGGCGCUCGUUACAUAGAGUUGAUCCAUGCAAGGAGAAAAACCCUUGGGUUGAUGAAAUUCAUGAGUUUCCUGUGCAUGUACCUCAAGUUGCAACUAAUAUUAUGCCCACCAUUGGAUCUUAAGUCUAGGGCAUAAGUUCGUUUAAUUUGUGGUGUUUAUUUUAUUUUUCACUGCCUUUUAAUCGUUUUUUAAUAUUAGUGGGUGUUCUUUAAAUAUAGAUAUGGGUGAGAAUCAAAUUCUAAAUUAUGUACUAUUUUCUCCGAAAAGAAUCUAGGUUAGAUUCUUGCUAAUGUUCUUCUAGUUCUCUCGUUCCUUAAACGUAACUUGUAUAAAAAAUGGUAUGAGGUCCAAAUGGUUCUCCGAAGUCCUAAUUAAAUAGUAUUAGCGGCAUUUGCUUAUAUUAUAUAUUGUUGUCAUUGUUAGAAAAUGUUCUAAAUUAGGGAAAAUGUUUGGUUAUCGUUUAUGUAUUUAUACUCUUUC